AUGUGGACUUCUGGCCAAAAGGUUUCAUAUAUGGUGGUGACUUGUCACUUUGUGGAUCCAGAUUGGCUUCUUCAAAAACGAGUCUUGAACUUUUGUAAUGUACCACCUCCGCAUAGUGGUUUUAUUAUUGCUGAUACUUUGCAAAAGUGUUUUGUUGAUUGGGGCAUUGAAAAUAAAGAAUUUACGGUGACAGUCGAUAAUGCCAAAGCUAAUUAUGUUGCCAUUAGAAUUUUCAAAGAUAUUUUUCGAUUGAGAAAGCUCUUAACUAUUGGGGGUAAAUUAUUUCAUGUGCGAUGUUGUGCCCAUGUAACAAAUUUGUUGAUGCAAGACGGACUUGGCCAAAUUGGAAAUAUUAUUGAUUGUGUUAGAGAAGGAAUCAAGCAUUUGGUAGCAUCCGAGGGAAGGUUGAAACAAUUUAGUGAAAUUAUGAAACAAUUGCAAUUACCUUCUAAAAAACUGAUAUUAGAUGUUCCCACUCGAUGGAAUAGUACUUACUUGAUAUUGGUGACUGCUAUGGAAUUCAAGGAAGUGUUCUCUAGAUUUCAAGAUAGGGAUCAAAAUUUUCAAUGGGUGCCUACUAUUGAAGAUUGGAUGAAAGUUAAAAAUAUUUGUGAUAUUCUGGAAGUUUUCAAUGAAGUGACCAACAUUGUAUCUGGAAGCGUCUAUCCAACUUCUAAUUUGUUUCUUCCUGAGGUAUGGAGGAUGAAAGAAGUAUUGACUGCAAAGAGUGUUGAUAGAAAUGAAUAUAUUCAAGCAAUGGCAAAAAAGAUGAAUGAGAAAUUUGAGAAAUAUUAG